GAAGAGGAGGAGGAGGGAGACGGCGAGGGCCUGGGAGGGAGGAAUAUCUCAGAGCGUUUCUCCGACCUCUCUCGGUCUUCCCCUAACAGCAGUGGAGGCACGUUGAAGGACUUUGACGACUCUCUCCAAUUUAAGUCGUUUGACUCGGUAGAGCAGGGGAGCCGCUCGUCCUCCCUGUCCAACACCGUGGACAUCCCCUCCGGUCGGCCCCAAGAGGAGGCUCUCUACCACCCUCUGUCCCCUUCGGCACCUCACCCUUGAGCUGGAGCUGGGGGUAUGAGGGGUGAGAAGGGAACAUGGUACCACAACCCUGUGGGGGGUAGUCAGGCAGGCACCCCCUCCCCCCUGGAGCACAGCCGGUCGUUCCCCUCUCUGAGACCCAGGAAGAGCUCCAGUCUGUCCAACGUGCUGGACGACACCAACUAUGGAACUGACCCCCGGGCAGCUGACACCAUCUCCAACACCUCCAACCCACAGAUGCCAGAGGAGGAGCUGUGUAACCUGCUGACUAACAUCGUGUUCUCUGUGCUGUGGUGCGGCAGCGGGUCGGAGGGGGGGGAGGACGCCGUGUGGAGGGAGAGGGGACAGGUCUUCUCUGUCCUCACCAAGCUGGGCUCCUCCUGCCAACUGGUCCGCCCGCCUGACGAUAUCAAAUGCAGUCUGUUAGAGAUGAUGCUGGAGUCUUCUCUGUCAGACCUGAGGGACUCUCAGGGUGUCUCUCUACCAUACUUCCCCAGUCUGCUGCGUCUCCUCAGGCUGCUCCAGGACUUCCUCUUCUCAGAGGGAACAGACAACCAGGCCCUGUGGAGCGAGAAGAUCUUUGAGGGGGUGGUGAACCUCCUGGACAGACUACAGGCGUGGCACAGCACCCCUGGUACCCCCGGGGCUCUGGAGCUCAGAGAGAUGGCUCAGAUCGGCCUGCGCAUCAUCACCGGCUACAUCCAGGAACAGGACUCACAGGUGUCUGUAAUGGCCUGCGUUAAACUCCACAGCCUCCUGCAGACAGUUCUAUCUCUGGGCUGGGACGAGGUGUGCUUCCUGCUGGGGCGACUAGGUGCCCCCCUGUGGCCCGGCGGGGUAAUGGAGGCGGGCCCCAACGGAGGACACACGGAGACCUUUUCUCAGCUCGUGCCCAUCGUGCGUACCCUCCUGGACCAACACGCUGACCCCGUGACCCUGCACGGCCUGCUGCCCAGCCUGCCAGUCACCAACGGCAGCCCCACCUUCGCCCAGGACCUCCAGAGCUACAGCCACACAGUAGAGUGGCUGGACUUCUACCAACGCCACGUGCAGCCCACCAUGGAGCAGUAUGAACUGGAUCAGUUUGGGAAGAGUCAUGACCUCAUGUCUAACUUCUGGAACUCGUGCUUUGAUGACCUGAUGAGCACUGCCAUACGGCGGGACAAAGAGAAGACCUACAGCAAAGACAAGUUCCAGGAGGUGAUAGUGGACCCGUACCUGAGGCGGGUCCGCAGUGAAAACAGCCGUUACUACAGUGGUCAGAAACAGAGCUCCGGCCAGCAGGGAGUAGUGUGGCGCCACUGGGAAUCCCUCCGCAGGCUGCUCACCAGCGAGAGAGGGGCCUGGGCACACAGAGUCCCACUAGAGGUGAAAUGGAAGUUGUCCAGCGCGGAGACGUACUCUAAGAUGCGUCUGAAACUAGUGCCGAACUACCAGUACGACACUCACCAGGAAGCCAGCGCCUUCAGAGACAAUAUGGGAGCUGAUAGUCCUCGCAGUUCAGAACCCCUCCCAUUGGCUGUUGCCAAGGAGGCCAAAGUGAGUGACAUGGAGGAUGACCAGUUAGGAGAGGAGGACAUUGUCUUUCUGGACAAUAAGUGAGGUGGAGGGGAGGACGACAGUCAGAAGGAGAAGCUGGUUCUGUCGGAGGACUGUGAGCUCAUCACCAUCGUGGCGGUGGUUCCGGGUCGGCUGGAGGUCACCACACAUCACCUGUACUUCUACGACGCCAGCAGCGAGAAGGAGGAGACGGAAGAGGGAAUUGGUUUUGAUUUCAAGCGGCCCCUGUCUCAGCUGAGAGAGGUGCACCUGAGACGCUACAACCUGCGUCGCUCUGCUGUGGAGCUGUUCUUCAUCGACCAGUCACACUACUUCAUCAACUUCAAGAAGAAGGUGAGGAACAUGGUGUACUCUAGGAUCCUGGGGCUGCGGCCCCCCAACCUCUUCUAUUUCGGCUCCCGCUCUCCUCAGGAGCUCCUCAAGGCUUCUGGACUCACACAGAGAUGGGUAUGCAGAGAGAUUUCCAACUUUGAAUAUCUGAUGCAACUAAACACCAUCUCUGGACGUACCUACAACGACCUGUCUCAGUACCCUGUGUUCCCAUGGGUGCUGAGUGACUACACCUCUCCAGUUCUGGACCUGGAGAACCCAGCCGUGUUCAGAGACCUGUCCAAACCCAUGGGAGUAGUCAACCCCCGCCACGCACAGAACGUCAGGGAGAAGUAUGAGAGCUUUGAGGACUCAACGGGCACCAUAGAUAAGUUCCACUACGGAACACACUACUCUAACGCUGCAGGAGUCAUGCACUACAUGAUCCGUAUGGAGCCCUUCACUACCCUCCACAUCCAGCUGCAGAGUGGCAGGUUUGACUGUGCAGACCGUCAGUUCCACUCUGUAGCAGCAGCCUGGCAGGCUCGCAUGGAGAGUCCCGCUGACGUCAAGGAGCUCAUCCCGGAGUUCUUCUACUUUCCAGAGUUCCUGCAGAACAUCAACGGGUUUGACCUGGGCAGUCUGCAGAUGACCCAGAACAAUGUGACUGAUGUUCUGUUACCACAAUGGGCCUUGUCUAGAGAAGACUUCAUCAGGAAACACAGGAAAGCUCUGGAGUGUGAACACGUUUCCUCUCAUCUCCAUGAGUGGAUUGACCUGAUCUUUGGCUGCAAGCAGAGAGGGGAGGAGGCGGUGGAGGCUCUCAAUGUCUUCUACUACUGCACCUAUGAAGGAGCGGUGGAUCUGGACGCCAUAGCCAAUGAGACGGAGCGCAAGGCCCUGGAGGGCAUCAUCAGUAACUUUGGACAGACGCCCUGUCAACUACUCAAGGAGCCACACCCUCCUCGCAUGUCAUCAGAGAAUGCAUCUAGGAGGCAGGCCCGCAUGGACACUCUACCCCCCAACCUGUUUGAACAGCUCGACAAACUACGCCCUUUUAAGGAGGUGGUGUGUGAUGGGCGACCUCUGGUCCAGGCGGUGGUUCCCAGGAACCAGAACCGCUCCUUUAUCAUCCAGGGCUCUGACGUACUGGUGACAGUGAGUUCUGACGGCCUGAUUGGGACCCACAGCUGGCUGCCUUACGAUAAGAACAUCGCCAACUACUUCACCUUCACCAAGGACCCCACCGUGGCCAAUCCCAAAACCCAGCGGUUCCUCAGUGGUCUCUUCGCCCCAGGGGUAGAUCUCAGUACCCAGGUGUUGGUGGUGUCCAACGAUGGCCGUCUGCUGUUCAGUGGAGGACACUGGGACUGCAGCCUCCGAGUCACCCAGCUGGGAAAGGGCAAACUGGUGGGCAGGAUCUGCCGACACAUCGGUGAGCUACAAGAUAAUGAUGGGAGGACG